AUGUACUUCCAGAGGAAGUUUUUGAAUUUCGACAUGACCGGGUUGCUAGGCUCUGGAAGCUAUGGUGAUGUUUUGUCGGCUGUCGAUAACAUCACAGGGAUGGAUGUAGCAAUAAAGUUCAUCAAAAAGGAUGCUGGUGAAUGCAAGCGCGGCCUCGAGUCGAAGAUACAGCUGAUUCUGAACCACGAAAAUAUAUGUAAACUCUAUGGUUGCAUCAGCACGUCAAAAAACCUGGUGCUAGUCCUGGAGCUGGUAAGGGGAGUCGAUCUCCACAGAUACAUUAGAAGAAAUGGGAGGCUAGAAGAGGCCUAUGCCCGGUCGCUGUUUAUCCAGAUGCUGCGUGCGGUAGACUACCUGCACACGCACUCCAUUGUUCACCGAGAUUUGAAGUUAGAGAAUGUGAUGAUUUCUGGGGAAACUGUCAAGAUAUGCGACUUUGGCCUCUCCACGUUCUAUGACAGCUCCUCUGUGCUGAGGGACUACUGCGGGACUCCCCAGUGUGCACCUCCGGAGAUUAUGAACGGAAUCCCAUACAUCGGACCUGAGGUUGACAUCUGGUGCCUGGGGGUGAUCCUCUAUGCAAUGGUCCAUGGAAAGCUUCCGUUUGAGGACGGGGACACAAAGCUUUCCAGCAGACAUGCAAUCGUGUCGAAAAUGAGGAUCGACGAGUCUCUAUCCAGCGAGCUGCGGGACCUGAUCAGAAAGACCAUCGAGCCCGAUAGGUCCAUGAGAAUAAAAAUGGACCAGAUGAUGGAGCAUCCGUGGAUAAACAGCGCAAGAGAAAGAUACAGGAAGAGCGUGGUGUUUAUCGACGACAAUUCCAUUGAAAGACUGGCUGAAAUAGGGUUCAAAAGGGAAGACAUUCUCAGAAACAUUGCUGAUAGAGACUCAAGAGAAUACUCAGCUUACUGCUUGGUCAGCAAGAGGCUGCUAUCAGGGCAUCAUCUAUUUGCUCCCGACGACAUCCAGCUGUGCCGUCCCUACAAUAUCGUCAGCCUCGACCUUAUGGCCGAUGAGAAAACAAUUUCCAGCCAUCAGAAGAGAAUGUGGAAGCAUGAGAUACUCCGCAGAAUGAGUCCUGUAAGGGAAGGAUGCUUUUUCCCAUUCUUCUGGAAUGGAAGAAAAACAUAUCUUGUGAAGAGAGACAUGAAUCUCGACCUGGAAGGAUCCAGGGCUCUCAUCGAGCACUCCCUGGCCAUGUUCCCAAAAAUAACAUUCAGAAAGAAGUCCAAGUAUGCUGUAUACCACCCCAGCGGUCUGGUGGUGAAGAUAGGGCUUGUUGAGAAGCCUCCGUUCACCACAUGCAACUUCAUACUUGCUGGAGGAAGUAAGAUAGAGUUUGUGGACUUUGUGGUGGACUUUAUUAGAUUUGUUGGGGAGGAAAAUAGCGAGAAGAUCAUCUAG